AUGAUGAGAUCCAAAGUUCUAGCUCUUGCGUUGUUGGUUUUAGUUAGUCUUGAGCUCUCCUCUGCUGCUAGGUUUAUGGCCUAUGGCAGUGGAGGGGGAGGUGGGGGAGGUAGUGGAAGUGGUGGUAGGGGUGGAUCGGGCCAUGGUUCUGGCUACGGUUCAGGCUAUGGGUCUGGGAGUGGUGCCGGUUAUGGUGGGGCACAAGGAGGAGGGUAUGGAAGUGGUAGGGGUGGUGGAGGUGGUGGUGGAUCCGGAUAUGGGUCUGGAUCUGGUAGCGGCUCUGGAUAUGGUUCCGGAGGUGGCAGUGGCUCAGGUUAUGGAUCUGGAGUAGCUGCAGGAGGUGGAUAUGGAAGUGGAGGUGGUGGAGGUGGAGGUGAAGGCUCUGGACAUGGAGCUGGAAAUGGUAGUGGAUAUGGUUCUGGGGGCGGAAGUGGAUAUGGUGCUGGAGGAGCAGGUGGACAUGGUUAUGGAAGCGGUGGAGGAGGUGGUGGUGGAGGCGGCUCAGGCAGUGGAAAUGGGAGUGGAUCUGGCUAUGGCUCAGGUAGUGGAAGCGGGUCUGGCUAUGGUGUUGGUGGAGGUGCCAGUGGAGGAGGUUAUGGGAGUGGUCAAGGAGGAGGUGGUGGUUCUGGAAAAGGCUCCGGCAAUGGUAGUGGCUCUGGAUACGGUUCUGGUUAUGGGUCUGGCAAUGGUGGUGGACAUGCAUAG